CGGAAGUGACACCCUAACCCGCCCCCUUCACGAAUUGUCUAACAACUGUUAUCAAAGAGGCGUUGAAAAUGAUACAUAACUUCUUUUAUUAUGUUAUCCAUCAGCGCAUGAUUACGCGCAAGGGAUUUUGAGACUUACCGUUUACAUUUUUACAUGAUUUAAAAAUAAAUAAAAAAGAAAUACGUAUUCUAGCGAAGAAAACAGCAUGGCAAAGCGGAGAAGCUGUAAGAAGGCAGAUGUCGAUACGAAGAAGCUGAAACAAGUGCCGAAGGCAAAGGGUGAAGGAACUAAAGUGCGGGCGAAGAGAAAAGAUGCAGGUGAUGAUGAGGACAGUGCAAAAGAGGAAAAGAUGCUCAAGAAGAGGGUAAAUCCAAAGCCACGUUCCUCUUCAGGCCACAGAGUUGGGAAUACUGUUGGCAUCAGCACCAGCAAACACGUCCGGGCACCGGUGAAGAGAGAGGAGACGCACAGCACUAAUGAAUGUGAUGAAAAGAUGAGCUCAGCAGCCCUGGUCACACACAGUGGAAAGGAAGAGGAGGAGAGUGAGGAAGAGGAGGAUGACUGGGAGGAGGUGGAAGAACUGGCUGAGCCUCUGAGUCCUGCAGAAUCCUCAGAACCAGCCCUGCCCUCUCAGCCUGUAGAGAUAGAAAUUGAGACCCCUGAAGUCAGAAAAAAACAGAAGAAAAGGGCAGAGUUUGAAAUGUACCUGAGACGGAUGAUGAACCGUUACAAGAAGGACCUGCUGGUCGACACACAUAAGGUGCACCUCAUGUGUCUUUUGGCCAGCGGGAUGUUCCGCAACCGCCUGUGCAGUGAACCCGAUCUGCUUGCCAUCACUCUGUCGAUGCUGCCCGCCCACUUUAGUGCGGUCGCCAAGGAACGUAAAGAUCAGAACUACCUCUCGGGGUUGCUAAAAUGGUUUCAAGCAACUUUCACCCUCAACCCCAGUCUUCCCUACGAAGAGCGUCCCGACCCUCGCACUCUGCUGGAGAAACGUCUAGCGAGCCUGUCGGCAAAGAACCACCAGGAGAUGACUCAUAUUUUCUUGCUGGUCUUGAGGUCUCUUCAGCUCUUUUGUCGGUUGGUUCUUUCUCUGCAGCCUCUUCCUCUUAAACCUCCAUCAGCCAAGAUUUCAAGUCAUGGAAAGUGCAUGCUUAUAUCACAUCAGGGCAAAGGCGCCACAACCUCCUCUAACGCACCAGCAAAAACAAACCAAAACCAGGUAACAUCUAAGAUCAGCUCACUUGAACAGAAAGUCUCUCGAGGCUCUAAGAGGCCAGCUGAAGCAAAAAGUGCUGGAGACAGGGGAGGCAAACGAGCAAAGAGAAAACCAUUAAAGGGAGAGGAAGCAGAGAAAAUUUUGUCGCCAGGUGGCCCAAGACCAAAGAACUCCAAACGGCGUAGCAUUGCCUCAAAGGUCACCUACAAAGAAGAAAGCAACAGCGAGGGUGAGGAGGAAGUUAGUGAUGAAGACUUUCAACAGUCCAGUGAGGAGGACAGCGAAGAUUCAGAGAUUGGGAGCAAAACUGCCAAGAUAGUAAAAGGUAAAGAAAGAGGUAAAAGUAAAAAUGACAGGAACAAUACAGUCCAGAAGAAAACGAGCGGUUUAGGAAAAGACGAGGAGAAUCAUGAGGAUGGAGAAAAAGGACAGGCUGGCAGCAAAGCAAAGAGACAGAGCACGAAAAAGAAAAAUUGUGUCGGAGCUGACCAGUGGGUGGAGGUGUUUGUAGACAAAACCUCCUCAUGGGUGUGUGUGGAUGUGGAGCACGGAGUGGGCGCACCUCAGCUCUGCUCCCAGAAUGCCACGCGGCCAAUCACGUACGUGGUGGGUGUGGACGAAGACGGCUUUGUGAAGGACCUGGGCCGCAAGUACGACCCCACCUGGAUGACGUCAAGCAGGAAGAGGCGGGUGGAGGAGGAGUGGUGGGAAGAGACGCUGCAGCCCUUCCUGAGACCAGAAGAUGAACAGGACAUAAAAGAGGAGAAGGAGAUGCAGAAGAAGCUGCUGAACAAGCCCUUGCCUGUCUCCAUCGCAGAGUACAAGAACCACCCGCUGUAUGCGUUAAAGAGACACCUGCUCAAGUAUGAAGCCAUCUAUCCCGACACAGCCGCCAUACUCGGAUACUGCCGAGGAGAGCCGGUGUACUCCAGAGAUUGUGUGCAUACUCUACACUCCAAAGACACGUGGCUGAAAGAAGCACGGACUGUCAGAAUAGGAGAAGUACCAUACAAGAUGGUGAAGGGCUUCUCUAAUCGUUCGCGUAAGGCUCGGAUGAUGACCGAGCAGAAAGAUGACAAUGACCUUGCUCUGUUUGGAGAAUGGCAGACGGAGGUGUAUCAACCUCCCAUAGCUGUGAAUGGAAAGGUUCCCCGCAAUGACUAUGGCAACGUCUACUUGUUCAAGGCUUCUAUGCUGCCGGUGGGCUGCGUCCACCUCAGGCUGUCCAACCUUCACCGUGUGGCCAAAAAGUUGGACAUGGAUGCUGCUCCUGCCGUUACUGGCUUCGACUUUCAUGGGGGAUAUUCGCAUGCGGUCACUGAUGGCUACAUUGUGUGUGAGGAGAAUGAGGAGAUCCUCAGAGCUGCCUGGCUGGAAGAACAAGAGCUUCAAAAGCAGAGGGAGAAAGAGAAAAGAGAAAAGAGGGUGAUCUCCAAUUGGACUUUGCUUGUGAAGGGCCUUCAGAUCAGAGAACGUCUAAAGCGGCGUUAUGGCAAAAAGGGCCAGGCCGCUGACGAAGACCGAUGUGAUGGACUGUCUUCAGAUGAAGGUGGUGUCGAGGAGGAGGAAAAUUCCAGAGCUAAAACUGCCACGGAGACACUGGCUAUGUCUUGGCCACAAAACAGGCAAGCAAAGGAAGAGAAAGCAAAGGAAGAGAAAGCAGGGAGUUUCAGCGGACAGAAGACAAAGCGGGAGAGGAGAGGCAAAGAGAAACAUUUGUUCCCCUUUGAGAAAGCGUGAUUCAUGCAUGUCAUUUUGUACUUUCACUCUGCCGUUGUGCAGACACACUGCGUAGUGUGUAUGCAUACAGUCAAUCAUGGGUGGUUUUACGAACGGCGAAAUAAAAUCAAUUAAUAUGACAACAACCACAUCUGACAUGGACAGUUUUGACCGGAUAGAAGCUGAAAUGUGUUAUUGUUGUUCGACAUAACUACACAACUUCCAUUUUGUCCAUAUCUAAAGGAGACACACUUAGACUAUGUCUUUUUCUCACUGCUGUGCUGUGUUACAGUGCAUGUUUGUUUCUGGAUGAUGAUGAUGACACUUGUAUUUCCAUUCUUUGAUGAAAAUUAUUUUUUGUAAGUGAACAUUAAAGUACGAUUAAAAUAA